AUGGUGAGCGCGCUUCUGCGGAGAUGCCCCGAGCCCGUCCUCUAUUCCCGCUCUCCCGUUGGACGGCGCCUCCUGGGAUACCACUAUUGUCGCUCAGGUGUGGCAGUAGCGAAGAAAUUCCCGCCGCCAUCGAUAUGUAGACGGCUCAAUUCAACGGCUCAUGCCGCAGAGGGCGAUCAUGCGUCCCCUGACAAGAGAAAACUUCCCGCCCCAGCGACGCCUAAACGGCCACCGCUUGCCUCCCUUGUAACACGUCUACAUAUCCAGAAAAUUAAGAGUUGUAUUCGUCCUGCAGCGCGCCCAGGGGAUCCUGAGCAAACUCCGCAUAUAGAAGAUUAUUCCUCCAAAUUCAACGAAUUGCGGGAAGCGUCUGGGAGGGGCAAACCUCUCACGUCCAUAAUAACCUCACACGAGGAAUGGCACAAGUUGUGUGUUUGGAAAAAGAAGGAGUCUCUCCGCAUGAAGAAACAGUGUAUAAUGUUCCAGAAGAGCUCUAAGGAGUUGAGGGCGAAGUAUCAUGAGAUUGUGGAGGAGACGGAGAAAAAGGUCAAGCAGGCGCUGGAAGCGGGGCGGGCGUCGCAGGUUAUGCCUAAUGACGUACGCACACUCCGGGGGACGAGGAUGGCGUGGGUGGAUAAAGAGAAGGAGUGGACGGAAUAUAGAGCGGACUUGUUGCGGAACCGGGUUAGUUGGGGGCAGUUGAGAAGGGAGUGGGAGGCCCAGCAGGUGGAGGUUGCGAGUAAUGGUGAGAAGGGGGACGAGAAGGGGGGCGAGAAAGAUGGUGAGGAGGAGAUUGAGAAGAAGAAAGAGGGGACCAAAAUGCAGGACGAAAGGAAGGAGAAACAGAGUGAGGAACGGAUGGCAAGGACGGAGAGCAAGACGGAGAGAAAGAUAGACCUGGAAAGGGAGAAAGAUGGUGAGGAGGAUAUUGAGGAGAAGAAAGAGGGGGCCAAAAGCCGGAAGGAAAAGAGGGAGAUUGAGAAGAAGAAAGGGGGGCCCAAAAACCGGAAGGAAAGGAGGGCAAUACUGAGGGAGAAACAGAGGGAGAAACGGAAGGCAAAGAUGGAGAGCAAGGCGGGGAGAGAAAUAGACCUAGGGAGAAAGAAAGAUAGUGAGGAGGAGAUUGAGAAGACGAAAGAGAGGGCGAGAAGACGGGCGGAAAGGAGGGAGAGACGGAGAGAGAAAUACAAAGAGAAACGGAUGGCAAGGAUGGAGAGAAAGGCGAAGAUAAAGAUGGACGUGGAGAAGGAGGAGAAGAGGGAGAAGGAGCAGGAGAGGGGUGUGUUGCUUAUGGGAGUCAACCAGGAAGAUGCGUUCAAUUAUGCCGCGAGGUUUCUACUUUAUCCCUUGGUGUCGACUGGCCAUGAUACUGAAAAAACAGUUACAAUUUCACUCCAUCAGCAUCAGAUUAAAGCGGUUGGGAUCAAUGACGAUGCGAGCAUCGCGUACGCAAGUGCUAACAGAUGGUUUAUGCUCAAAGCCGACGAAUAUCUAAAACGCCUGGGAGACAGUGAUGAAAUUUCCUCUCAUUUUCGGGCGCUUAGCACCAAAAAUUCGACGGAGUUUGUAGCAUUCGCCCACAAAACUCUCGGACUCGAAGCCUAUAUCAUAAUCAUCCCUGCUAGAUCCGCUCUCGAGUCCCGCGGGAUCAAACAAACUGCAACGCCUGUGUUGUCUAAAGUGGAGCUUUGCAGCCCAAUUUCAGACUUUGGCACUGGAGAUAUUUGUCGGAUUGCUAACCUUGUUAUCGCUGUUGAGAUUCAACGGAAUCACCCGGAAACAUUGCCAUUGUUUCUGAAAGGAUUGGCAAAUCUCACGGAAACUCCUGCUCUUCAUAUCCACCCAGUGUCCCUCCCUUUGGGACAACAGUGUUUAGCCUCCAUUCAUGACAGCCUCAGCCGGACAGAGGAGGCAGGUCUCCCAGAAAUAACAGGAGAUCCAGGCGUUGAUUUAGCACCCGUGGACCAGUUUCGGAAGCGAAUCAGGUCCCCUAUGGACCCAGAGGCAACUCUGGAACAAUCGAAAGGACUGAAAAGCAACCUAGAGAAACUAAUGAAAAUGGACCGAGGGAAAAUGAAGCAACUGCCCAUUUUUUCGUAUCGCAAUGAAGUCCUUGAACUUAUCAACAGACAUAUCUUCAGUAUUGUGACGGGAUCACCUCUGUCUUGUAUAUCUACUCAAAUACCACAAAUACUACUUGAUGACGCGAUCCAGCAUGACGAGGGCCCCGAUUGUAACGUUCUCAUCGCCCAGCGUUCCGAUAGUGGUGCGAUCUCCCGUGCGUCCGAGGUUGCUAAAGAACGAGCUAGAACUGUUGGUGAUACCGUCGGGUAUCAUACUAUGUCGAUUUGCAGAGCACCGCUGCUGAAGGGCAGUAUUACGUAUAGUACAACAGAGGUUCUACUGCUUCUGCUUCAACAUGCGCCUAAUGAAGUGCUAGGGAACAUUUCCCAUCUGAUUAUCGAUGAUUUACAUGAACGGGAUCUUGACACGGAUUUACUCCUAACCGUACUCAAAAGGGAAAUGAUGGCUCGUUUGGAGACAGACGAAUCUGUUCCCCAAGUUGCUUUAAUGAGUUCUAGCCCCGAAAUCGAUACGUCCCUUCUAGGAAGGUACCUUGAGUUUGAAUCUGACUACUCCGGCGGCCAAACAAAGUGGCCCUUACUACAUAUUCGCGACCAAGAUCAUGUCGUUAAACAUCACUUUCUUGACGAUAUGGUGCAAACCUUAAAGGAAAAGUAUACUCCGCAUGAACUGGAACCCUUUUUCGCUGACAGAAGGACACAAGAGUUUUUGUCCAAUGAAGAAACGUUCGUUGCUGAAGAGGCCACCAAAAUCCGUGAACCCGAAAACAUGUGCUCCAUGGAUUCAGGUGACAAGAUUGAAUCAAAUCCGCGGGGAGAUAACUGGAGGGUUGCUUUCGACGAAAUUGCCCCUCCAGUCCCCGUUGGGUUGGUUGCCUUCAUCAUCGCGCAUAUCGCUAAGACCAGCAAUAAAGGCCCAAUCUUAGUAUUCCUACCUGGACAUAACAAUAUGAGAAACGUCGCAGAGAAACUGCUGCACGAUCGUCCACUCAAGGUCAAUUUCAGGGACCGGUCGAAAUAUAAAAUACUCUACUUUCGUGACACGGUAAACCCCGAGAUCUCCCAAACUGUGCCUCCCGGUUGCCGCAAAAUUAUACUCUGCGAGGACGUUGACGAAGCAUCGACUGCUCCGCUGGGCGUGAAACAUGUCGUGGAUGUUGGCCUGGUUAACCAACCAGUAUAUUACCCGGAACAAUUGUGGUCAAAGCCUAGCGCUCGCUGGGCUAGCAAAUCAACUUCAGACGCAAGAGCUGCUCACGCGGGCCUAGUACGGAAUGGCCAUUAUUACGCAUUAUUCACGGAAACUAGAUAUGAGGCAUUGCGAAAGGCGGCAGUUCCUGAAUUGCGUCGAACCGAUCUCCAGACGGUCUGCCUGCGGGUUAAGGCAGCAGGAUUGAGCGACGAUGUCAGGCGAUUUCUUCUCAGUGCUCCCGAACCCCCUUUGCUUUCCUCCGUGGAUGCCGCCUUGUCCAGUCUCCAGAGCAUGGGAGCCAUGGACAAUGACGGCAAUUUGACACCUCUGGGCCGUCUUGUUAGCACGCUGCCAAUCCAUCCAAAGCGCGGUAAACUGAUUAUGUUGGGGAUAAUAUUCCGUUGUUUGGAACCCAUACUCAUCACCGACAUUCUGUUACAACCGCAAUCGUUCUUCGCUGACGGAAUCGGACAGCUGAAGAUGUCUGGUCAGAAGAGUGGCAGUGAUCACAUCGCGGAGAUUAAUACCUUCAGAACCUUCCUCGGUAUUUUAAGAGGGGAGGGAAAUGAGGCGGCACUGGAUUAUUGUCAGAAAAAUUCUAUCCGGUUCUCAGGUUUCAAGCAGUUUCUAACCAGUACUCAGAAGACCGUGGGAAUUCUCUCGGACAAUGGGUUAAUACCCUACCAACGUGACCCGUUCGAGAUUACCGACGACCCCUUUGGCGGCAGAGGACUGAAUACGAACUCAUCCAACGUUGCCCUCGUCAAAGCAAUCAUUGCUGGUGGACUAUAUCCAAACACUUGCGUUUUAAAUGGCCCUGUCUGGAACCGAUGGCAAUCCAAGCGUCAUGAUAUCCUAUCUAUAAGCCCUGACAGUGCCAAUUAUAAUCUCCAACAUUCGGGAGUGACAUUAGGCUCGCUGAUGACAUUUUCCCGAUUCAUUAUUUCUAACGAGGGUAAACUAAUGUAUCCAACCUCGCGUAUCACGCCAUUGAUGGCUCUCCUGUUUGGCGAGAAGAUUCAAAGCGAAGGGAGGAUAUUGCACAUGGAUGGCUGGCUACCGUUCAACGUCGAGGUUGAGGAGGGCGGCCACGAGGACCCAGAAACUGCGGCGGGAAUUCUGUUGAAAUACAAGCAGUUGUUGGAUCACUUUCUCUCCUCCGCAUUCCAAGAGAUGUCUAUUAUCGACGCCAAAACUCGACGGUCGGGUAAGCAAAAACAUCGUGUGAUACCGAGAACAUAUCAUGCCAGUGCCGAUCCGGUUCGCGAAAUGUUCAUUGCCAAGUUGAUUGAUUUGCUCUCCCACUCUGAAUCGAGUACACUUCCGCCACUACAAAGCAUCGACUAG